AUGGGGAACUGGCUAUCGCGGGACAGGGGGAAGGCAGUCGAGCGGAAUUCAGCUGAGCGGAAGUCUAACGAGGGGGAUACAAGCGAGCGGAAGCCAGUGGAGCAAAAGCCGGUCGAGCGGAAACCGGUCGAGCGGAAACCGGUCGAGCGGAAACCGGUCGAGCGGAAACCGGUCGAGCGGAAACCGGUCGACCGGAAGCCGGUCGAGCGGAAGUCAUUCGAGCGGGAGCCAUUUAAGUGGGAGCCAUUCGAGCGGAAGCCGUUCGAGUGGGAAUUGAGCGAUAAGAUCCCGCUCGGGGGAAGCUCUCGCGGGGAUAGGGACAAGGCGCUUGCGCGGAACCUUGGAUCCGCGAUCGUUGCGGAGAGCGCGGAGAGGCGCGGGGCAGUGGGGGGAUUGGGAGAGGUCGGCCCCGCGCGGAUGGCGGAAGCACUCCGCGGGGAGGGAGGGGAAAGGCUAGCGCGCGUGGAGCAGGAGAGGGAUAUAAGCGGGGGGGAAGGAACGCGGGGCAAGAGAGAGGAGUUAGGGGGAGUAGUUGUUGUGAAAAGCAUGUUAGCGGAGGGGGGUGUGGGCGAGGUGAAAGAGAAAGCGGAGGGGGGUGUGGGCGAGAGUGCAGUGGCGGAAGCGAUGGAGGAGGAUGCGGGAGGGGAGGCGGAACGGCCAGCGGGGGGAAGCGCGGGAGGGGAAGAAUCGAGGGAGGCGAUGAUGGUUGAAGCGGGGGUGGAGGGAGCGGGCGGAGCGGAGGAAGCAGGGGGCGCAGGGGAAGCAGGAGGAACAGAGGGAGCGGAGGGAGCAGGGCGAGAGGAAGAGCGGAGUGGAGUGAAGGGCGAAGGGUCUUCUGAGUGUGUGGCCGGGGAGGAGGGGGGCGCGGUGGAAGGGGGAGAGAGGGACGCGGAGGAAGAACUGCGGGGAGGGCUGCAGGAGGUGAGGACGGAGGAGCGGCAGGAGGAGCGGCAGGAGGAGCGGCAGGAGGAGCGGCAAGAGGAGCGGCAAGAGGAGCGGCAAGAGGAGCGGCAAGAGGAUGCGGGUGCGGGCGGUUUGGUGAAUGAAGGAUGUGAGGAGGUGACGAGAGACGAGGGAGGCGCGGGGGAUGAGGAGAGGACAGCAGGGGUGGGGGAGAAAGGUGAUGGUGAGAGGCAUGUGGGAGAGAGCAUGCUACUAGGAGAACCAGUGGAGGGAGACAUAGCAGGAAGGGAGACGGAGGGAGGAUGCAUUAUGGAAGAGGGAGCGGGCGAUGAUGAAGAGAAGGGCGGAUUGAUGGGGAGUGAGGUUGAAAGGGAUGAGAAGAGGGACGGCGAGAAGGAGUUGUCGGUUGCUGAGAUAGUGGAAGUGGGAGGUGAGAAGGGGAGGGACGAGGGAGGUGAGGAGCGAGAGGAGGAGGGAAGGGAUGGCACAGGGGAGAAGGGAGGGGAGGAGGGAAAGAAAGAGAGAGGGGAGGAGGGAAGGAAAGAGGGAGGGGAGGAGGGAGGGGAGGAGAGACGGGAAGAGGGAGAGAAGGAGGGAAGGAAAGAGGAUGGAAAGGAGGGAGAAGAGGAGACAUGGGAAGACGGAGGGGCUGAGGGCGCGGAGGAACAGGCAGAAGCGAAGGGGGAGGAGAGGAGGAAGAAGCUGCUGAUACUGGAUGUGAACGGACUGCUGGUGGACACGUGCUAUGUGCGCGAUGGCACUCCGGCAGGCCAGCGCCCACCAGACGGCCGCGCUAACAACUUCCAUGUGUACCGGCGGCCGUUCUGUGAGGAGUUCGCGCGCUUCUGCCUGGACAACUUUGUGGUCGCCGUGUGGUCCUCCUCUCGCAUGUACAAUGUGUGUGCGCUGCUGGAGUUUGUCUUCCCGAAGCAGCGCCAGGACGAGAUCGCCUUCAUCUGGGACCAAGCGCGGUGCACGAACACAGGGUUGAAGCACCCUGCCAACCGCCACAAGCCCAUCUUUCUCAAGGAGCUGAGCCACGUGUGGGGCAACGUGCACCACGACAUGCCCUGGCCGCCCGGCACGUACGGCCCCUCCAACACACUGCUGCUCGAUGACUCGCCCUACAAGGCCGUGCUUAACCCGGAGCACACAGCCAUCUUUCCCCAAACCUACCAUCUCACUGACAUUCUCGACAACGCACUCGGUACAUUUCCUUCCAUUUGUUUCGCUGGCCCCACUUCUCACCCCACCCUCGUCCUCCUUCCCUUCGCCAUUUUGCGUUCCUCCCUCACUCGUAUCCUCUCCUUCCUUUGUGCUCCACGCUCCUAG